GGAAACAACUCCUCCAAACUCACUCCAACGCUCUCACACCCUUGAAUACUCAUCGCUGACAUAAUGCCUACCAUCCUCAUUGUCGGCGCUACUCGUGGUCUCGGUGCGAGCCUUGCCAAUGCCUACAAAUCGGAUCCGAAUAAUCACGUUCUAGCGACGGCGCGAACCGCAAAUCCACCGCCCAGCACUAAGAAUCUUACUUAUAUCCCUGGUAUCGAUAUUGCUACUCCAGAUGCCGGCAAAACCCUACUCAAUUUCGUGCAUACGAGGUCCAUCUCUCACAUAGACAUUGUGAUUAUCACAGCAGGAUAUUUUGCCACCGAAUCAUUGAAGGAGCCGUCGUUCGAAGCCGAGGAGAAGAUGUACCGCACCUGUGUCAUCGGGCCUACGAUCCUUGUCACCAACCUCGCUAACGACUCCAAACUGCUCGACUCCAAAUCGAAGGUCAUAUUCGUUUCCUCCGAGAGUGGAAGUAUAACGCUGAGGCACGAGAAGGAGGGUGGCGGUAACUAUGGACAUCAUGCCAGCAAAACUGCUCUCAACAUGUCUGCGAAACUACUGAGCUUAGAUCUGAAAGAAAGGGGUGUUGCGAUAGCCGCUGUACACCCAGGCUUCAUGCGAACGGAGUUGACUAAAGGCGUGGGAUUUGAUAAGUUCUGGGAUGAGGGCGGAGCCGUGACACCAGAUGUUGCUGCAAAAUCUCUCGUGGAAUGGAUUUCGACGUUUGACAUCAAGAAGACAGGAGAGUACUGGGCGCCUCGAGGGCCGGCGGACAUUGGAACCGCAGACGUUGUGCUCGGACCUAAGGAUCAGCUGUCUACUCCUCUCCAACUUCCUUGGUAGUGUACGCAACAUACCACCAGCUCGCGAACUUUACGAUCGUACUAAGAC